CCAUGGUGUUGCGUUAGUGUUGGGAAGAUGGAAGUCUAUCAACCAGUGGAGAGGAGGCUUCACUCUACAGUACAGGUAGGAGACUACCUGUACAUGUGGGGUGGGGACCAGCCUGAUCUCCCUGAAGUACACAAUAAUGAGAAGAAGAAAUCAAUGUGUUCUGUAGUGGAGGUCUGUCAUGUACCAACUGGUGAGUGGGUACAAAAGCCUACCACUGGUGACCCUUCUCUUGGUGUCCGUGGAUAUGCUGCUGCUGUCAUUGGAAAUGAAAUAUUCUUUUUUGGAGGCAGUUGUGGUCAUGAUGAGUGUUAUCACAAUAGUUUAUACAGUUUUAAUGUUUAUACCUUCAAUUGGAAGGAACUCUCUCCUACUACAUCUCAUCAUGGUCCUAUGAUGAAGACUGGCUCCAGCAUGAUAGCAAUAAAAGUGAAAGAUGAGGAUUAUCUUGCAGUGAUUGGAGGGUGGGGACCAUCUUCUAAUAAUACCCCACCACAACCUGGUGCCCGGUACAGUAAAACUGGUGGUCAUCAAUGGUGCAAUGAAGUGCAUUUGUACAGAUUAAAAACUGGUACAUGUAAAUGGACUUCACCAACUGUCAUUGGAGACAGACCACCUCCUACUAAUGGCUUCAGUUUAACAUCAAUAACUAAUACCACUACUAUAUUGUUUGGUGGUUAUUUUGGUGAUGGUAGAUACAGUAAUGAUGUAUAUGUAUUUGAAUUUACUGAUACAUCAGUGAAAUGUACAAAGUUUUCUAAUCCUGGAGGAUCAUGGUGGGUGGAGUGGGUACCAGUGACUGUUGGUUGUUAA